GUCUCUGCCGCUCAGGAGUCGGCGCUCUCAACGCGUGAGCUCGGUGCGAUGGCAUGCCCGCACGAGCCUCGGGCCGCUGGACAGAGGUACGAGGCAGCCUCCGAGCCGUUCGAGGCGAUGAUCCGGAGCAAAGCUGCGGUGGGCAAUGCGAAUCGGGAGGGCCGGUCUCCCGCAUACGAGCGGCUGCACUGGGUCAGCCUCGCGCGCGAGCACGUCUCGCACGUCGUCGCGCGGCCCAAGGUGUGCGAGAUUGGCCUCAACACAGGCCACUCGGCGCUGGCUUGGCUGUGUGCGCUCCCGACUGCGACCUACCACUCCUUUGACCUCGUGCGCUUCGACGUGACCCGCGGCGCGAUCCCGCUGCUCAACCGAUCCUUCCCGGGACGCUUUGAGCUGACGGCUGGCUCGACGCACGAGACCCUGCCCGCGCUGGCGCGCGCCGCCGCUCCGCCAUACUGCGACGUCACUUCCAUCGACGGCGACCACAGCUACCACGGUGCGCUGCAGGACCUGCGGGACAUGCGGAGACUGGCCGCUCCGGGCUCCUUCGUCGUCAUGGACGACCUGUGGUGCGCCGCGAGCUGGUGCGGACCGCCCACGAGGGCAUGGACCACGGCGAUCCACUCCGGGUGGGUGCGGCAGGCGGGGUGUGAGGUGCUCGGCUGCUGCACGGGCUGGUGCUGGGGCACGUGGCUCCCUGAUGUCUGAGGAGGAAAGGUAUGCGUAAUCACUGUUUGCGUUUCAUCAUGAUCAUCAAUGUUGUU